AUGGAGUCCUCUUCCGUUGAAAGGCCAAAAGCCAUCUCGUCCGCCCCGGUUCCUGCACUGUGGGCUCAGGGAACUCAGGCGGAAGUGAAGAGACCGGGGGACGUGUUUCUUGUAAACGCGGGGAACGCGUGUUUCUCAAGCGGUGUCGACUCCUUCGGGGCUUCGACCGAUAGUAGCCUAGGCAUGUUCGCCCCGACCGCAUGCUCGACCAACAACCACUCUCCACAGCUCGAUAGCUUAACAGCCCUCGGGCUGGCUCGGACAAGCGUGUCCCGCUCUCGCGCUCCUCCAGUAGCGGUCAAACUCUUUGUUGGACGCCUGCCUCUGACAGUCACGGAAGACAUACUUUGUACACUGUUUAACCAGUUUGGACCCAUCGCUGAUGUCGUCCUCAUCCGUGACCGCCACACGAACGCCUUCAAAGGAUGCGCCUUCGUGACCAUGCAGUCGAUCACUGACGCAGAUCGAGCGAUCCGCCACCUUGAUAGUGCUUACGUGCUCGACCCGGCGCUCGGAGGCCUGCAAGUGAAGUAUGCUGUAGGCGAGGCAGAACGCUUAGGACUUCCCGGCACUAGCGGGAGUGGGGCAGCGGCCGGCGUAGAUCAGGUCAAGCUGUUUGUGGGUUCAUUGCCACCGGAUAUCAAAGAAGACGCUCUUCGGGACCUGUUCGAGAGAUUCGGCCGCGUCGAAGAAGUUUUCCUGAUGAAGGACGAACCAGGCAAUGGAGCAAAUCUGAGUGGAGGGGCCCCAAGACCCGGAAAAAAGAGUCGCACUGGCUGUGCGUUUGUCCGGUUCGCCUACAAGGAAGAAGCCUUCUUUGCCAUAAGCGAACUGAACGGAAAAGUCAUCAUGCCAGGCUCGCAGCGUGCCAUGGAAGUUCGUUUUGCAGAGAACAGGCGGUCGUCCGCUUCGGCUCACGGCACGACGUCUGCAUCCCGCACUUCUAGUGCAUCGGCGAGUUUCCUCUCCAUUCUGGAUUGCAACGUGAGUGACACGCCCGCGCUGGGGGCCGACGGAUCAGAGGUGGGCGCCUCGUCGAGCAUCUUGCGGUCGCAAGCCGAAAUGGAGCGACAUGCUCGUGUUGACUCGCUCGCCGUCUUGGGCUGCCUCGGAGAGGAGCAAGAUUUCUUUGCCUCGACCUCUGAACGCAUGGCGAUGACUGCUUGGUUGUCGUUGGCCGACCGGCGUCGACCGGUGGGCUGGACCGCGAGCGAUUCUGCCGUGGGUACGCGCUGCGAGGCGAUGAGGGAGAAGCGGCGCUCUAACCUCGAGAGAAACGACGAGAUGCGGUCGAAGUGCGGAUCCAUCGAAGAUUUGUUCCAGACCUUGGGGCAUCUAUCGCUGAACGGACGCGGAGGGGAGAAGCCUGAAGCAGGACACGCGAACCAAGAGGUCAAGCAGUGUGAAGAUGCAGUAAUUCAGACACAGAGUCUAUCAACGGCGGCGGCUGGCGCGGAACGGCAGGCCCAGGAAGGGAAGCCCGUACGGAAGCAACCAUCCAAUCCGACGCAUGCAUCCACGAAGGAUCUGCCCUCGGGAGUGUGGACAGCCCACGGGUCGCGUGAAUGCCAGCCACCAAACACAAAGGAGGUAGAAGACUGUAAUGCCGGCUCCGGCUCGGGUAGCGGUGGACGCACACGGGCUCCUAGCGCCCUCGAUGGUGAAGACCACGAGAUUGACAUUGCCUCUCUUACUGCGAAGCUGCGCCUAGAAUUGGCAGAGUUUUGCACCGACGAGAACACGUCGUCGACUCCGUCUCUGCCGACCAGUGAGGCCGCCAGCGGAUCCGCAACCACCUUCAAUCAUGGAUGCACGUCGGGUUGUGUCUCCAAUGAGUUGUCCGCAUGCUCAUCGAGAUGUGGAGGUUCUGCUGCUGGAGUUGACAGAGACAGCUGCCAACACGGAACUUCACUGCACGAGCCGUGCCCUUCAACGUACCCCUCCGCCUGUGUUGUGCCGAAUGACAUCCACGAACGCAUUUCCCGGAAUCUGAUGCACCCGGGGGGAGGUGCGUUGUUACCAGCUGCCUUGUCGGCAGAUGCGUUUUCCAUCAGCGAUGUCUGCGUCCAGGCGACGAGUUCAGCAGCGGAGGCCCUGAGAAACCCGCAAACGGAGAACGGUGACCGCCUCUUCCCGCCAGAUGCUAUGACCUGGGAUACUGGCCAUCUACCCUCUCUGUAUGCGAAGGCUGAUAUGAGAACUUCAGGACAGGAGAGUCUGUUUUCUCGCCGCGGCGAUGAGCGCAGUCGAGAUGGAAUGAACCGUUUUCUCAGUGGACUUCGGGCACAGACCGGGACGCUUCCUCAAAGGGGCAUCGGCAGUCAGGCGCACGGGCCUCCGGGCGCGAACGUCUUCAUUUUCCACAUUCCCAACGAGUGGUCCGAACACGACCUGUUGACACAUUUUAGCGUCUACGGCCCCGUCGUUUCUGCCCGCAUUGCUUCGGAUCGACUCUCCGGACGCAAUCGUGGAUUCGGGUUCGUCAGCUUCGCUAACGGACAGGCGGCUGCGGCAGCCGUCACGGCCAUGAAUGGAUUUCAGGUCAAUGGAAAGCGGCUUAAGGUGCAGAUUAAAAAGGGUGAAGAACAGUAUGCGCAGAACCUUCGUAUGACGCCCGCUUACAACAACUGCAAUGACAGCACAUGGCUUUCUACGGCUGCGUCGUGCUCUGAACCACGAAGUGGCGUGGGCGACCCUAGCGGAAACACGCCUUUUCUGCCGGUCCCUGGAGCACCACAGAGAGAAAACGGGGGGGGCAAAAAGAGCCACAGUUCUUCUACGCUUGACUGGCUAGCGUCCGAGGCAAAGCAGAGAGCAGCGAUAUCCGCUGUACCAGCAUUCGAAUGCGCAAUCCAGGGAGAAAGUGGGACAACUACCUCUGCCCUCUUCGAAGCUGCUUUGGCGUUGAGGAAUAUCUCCGGUUGGGAGCACUCGCUUCACAAAUGCUGCCAACAAGAGGAUGCUGCUGCGGCAGCUAUGCUUGUAGCCACCAUGCGCCAGUCGCGUAUGAGGCGAAACCAAGAUUCAUUUCACGUGGCUCAGCCAAUGCCUGGAGAGGAUGCUGAUUCAACUGUGGAUGGUUUGCUUCCUUCCUCUGUUAGUUUGUACGGCUCGCCCGCAUUCUGUGCCGACACGGGGAGCUCGCAGCCUUCUCCAGCGGCGACCGAAAGUGGCGGUUCACCUCUCGGGCUCUCCGCCCGUCACCGGCCUUCUGCGAUUCUGCCGGGGCCAGCGUAUGCCAUGGAAACGACAGACGCGGGCUAUGGUCACAGCGGAAUUGGGAGAUGGGGAGUUGACCGUACAAAGAACAUGGGUGACUCUGCUAAACAUUUGUUGGGCCCAUCGAGAUAUGACUUCGUUGGGGCUUCCUCUCGUGACGUAUGA